ACCGCGGAAACCAAAUAAGAGUCCAAAAAUCCGGUUUUUAAGCUUCCAAGUUUUCUUCUUCUUUUCUCCGUCGUCUCUGUGCAGCGGUGAUUGAUUCGAUUUCGAAGCCCUAAAAACCAAAUUCAGCAAUAUAGCAGCUCGCAUGACGAAUCGUGGCAGGUUUAUCCCCUGGUGAUUUUUAUCAUUAAUUGUGUCCGUAAUCCAUGGCGAGCUUUGAGGGGAGAGUUACAUAUUCUUCACUUUCUAAGCUAGAAAAAGAGAACACCGAAUCCCAUUUUGAUGAUGACUCCAGUGAGGGUGGAUGGGCUGUGGCGGAAGGCCGUGUUUCUUAUCCAUCAGUUUUGAAGCCGUCGAACCAAGAGUAUUCGUACCAACUUCCUCACGAAUCUGAAGAUUUUAUUGACGAUGUGUUUGAUUCAAGUGAGGAUUCCGGUAACUUCGCGCCUGCUAAUAUGCCCCCGGAGGUGAACUUGAAGAAUGUGCUUAAUGGGAUAUUUGCCAUUAUAACUGGGCAAAAUAAAUCUGCAACCGUUCUUGCGAACAAGUUGUUACCCUGUUCUAAUGUUUCGUUUCUUGGCUCUAGCAAGAAUGGAGAAACCUGCUUACACUCAUCAGUUUACAUACCUAGUGCUCCGCCCCUUCUCGAGGCCAGCGGAAUAAAUUAUAGUGCUUACAAAGAGGUGUUGGAGGCCGAACCCCCUGAGUGGCUUCCUGAUAGUGCUACCACGGUUUGCAUGCAGUGCACUGCUCCUUUCACGGUGAUUACUCGUGGAAGGCACCAUUGUCGGUUCUGUGGGGGCAUCUUCUGCAGAUCAUGUUCUAAAGGAAGGUGCUUGAUGCCCAUCAAGUUUAGGGAGAGGAAUCCUCAGAGGGUUUGUGAUGCUUGUUAUGACAGGCUUGAUCCUCUACAGAGCAUUCUUAUUAACAGUGUUAGCAAUGCUGCGCAAGUUGCGAAGCAUGAUGUGAUGGAUUGGACGUGUACAAGAGGUUGGCUGAAUCUUCCUGUUGGUUUGUCCAUGGAACAUGAGAUAUACAAAGCAUCCAAUACACUGAGAACUUACUGCCAGAUUUCUAGACUGAAUUCUGAGAGGUCCAUACCAUCAGCAGUUUUAAAAGGAGCCAGAGGCCUGGCAAUUCUAACGGUUGUCAAAGCUGGUGUUGUUGUUGCUUACAAACUUGGCACUGGUUUGGUCAUCGCUAGAAGGGCAGAUGGAUCAUGGUCUGCACCGUCAGCCAUAUCGUCUAUUGGCUUAGGAUGGGGUGCUCAGAUUGGAGGUGAACUUAUGGACUUCAUCAUUGUUCUUCAUAAUUCGGAAGCUGUGAAGACUUUUUGUAGUCGCAUGCAUUUCUCCCUUGGUGCGGGAUGCAGUGCUGCUGCAGGACCUAUUGGAAGAGUGGUGGAAGCAGAUCUUCGUGCCGGAGAUAGAGGUUCAGGAAUGUGCUACACUUACAGUUGUAGCAAAGGUGCAUUUGUGGGAGUCUCGUUGGAAGGGAACAUUGUCGCGACGAGGAUGGAUGCUAAUCUACGAUUCUAUGGUGAUCCUUACCUCACCACGACCGAUAUACUACUUGGGACAGUGGAAAGGCCAAAGGCUGCUGGGCCCUUGUAUGCUGCUCUUGAAGAUCUAUAUGCCAGUUUACGGCAUUAGUUUCCGUUGCCCUCUUUGUAUAUAGUAGCAUCUCUCUGUUGCACCUGAAGCGUCUUAAAGACUACUCCCCGUCUUCCUCGGUUCAGCUGCAUGCAAUGCUGUUUCAAAUGUGAAUUUCUAGUGUUUGAUUUUAUAAUUGUACAGUACAAAAUACAAGUUCAUUCAUGUUUGUUAAUAUUUAUCAGUUUGAAGGGAAAACGCAGAUCCAGUCUAGUUUUAUUGCAUUUUAUGGACGCACAUUCGUACAUAUUAGAACAAUAAGGUUUGUCUUCUGGAUAAAUGAUUAAACCGAUCAUAUUAAUGUCA